UUAACUCCCCCAGUGCUCCCCCUAACUCCACCACGACCACAAUCCAGAGUUCCUCUGGAGAGCUCCACUCUACGGCAUCUGCCUGCCUGUCUAUGACUCUCACUGUUAGAAUGGAAUGACUUAAGAGUUUCAGCAGUGUUAUGUGUCAGCCCACAGAGGUUGUUAGUGGAAAGCUGCUCCUCCCUUUUAUACAGACACCUCCACCAGAAAAGAAAGUCCCGAGGCAACAGCGGGGACAAUCUGAAGUCUUUUCUCUUUUUUUAAACUAUAGUCCCUUCAUCAACUGAGAAAGAAGGAAGGAUAUCACUGAAAUUUAAAGGGUUGCUGAAGGGGCACAGUCCCUAUUACUAUGGAAGGAUUCCUGCAGAGCAGCUCGACCCUCCAACUCAAUAUGGAAUAAGUUACAAGCUACAAUUCUUUGGAUCAUUUCAAUGCAAGCCUCAACAUUGGACUUCAGUGUUUGACAAAGACAGGGGAGCAUUAUCAGCCAGUUGAAACUGAAUUGGACCUGAGCAGGAUGUCAUUUUAUUCAAGUCGGUGCCUCAGAUACAGGAGGAAGUUUACUGACAGUGAACAAGUCUGGUGAAUUUCGGAGCGCAUCUGCUGCGCACAUUUGGAACUCAGCAGGAGAUUCUAUCCCCCGACAAAAUCGCCUCACGCUUGAACGUCUCUUUACAGAUUGUGAUGCAGCUCAGAUGCUGGGCCUGGCCUGCCUCUCGGCCAAAUAGCCAGAGACUGAGGAUGGAUGCUGAUGCCUUGGCUGCGGUAAAACUUUGCGUCAGUUUCCUAAGUGAAGAGUAGGACGUUGACAAAUGACAUGUGAUCAGCUGACCUCUGGUAGUCUUGGCUGAGACGCAGUUAAAGCAGCUGCAUCUUGACUGCACAUCUCAAUCGCAAGCAUCAACUACAUAGAACCAACGUCUGUAGUUACGACCCGACUCGAUCGCAAGAAAUAUUUCUAAGGAUGUUCAGUUCCGAACUGAGAAUGGCACAGCCAGAAGCCUCAGGGCCAUCGAUUUAAUGGUUUAGCAUAACUGCAGCCAGAGUCAUCUUGCGACAUAAACAGUUGGAGAACAUUUCCCCAGUGAUUCUGCAUGAUGGCAGCAGCAUACAGACUCGUUGUUAGCACUGUGAACUGUUACAACAGCAUCAUAAUAGACCAACGUUUCCAGCACACUGUACACUACUGUAAUGGGUCCUGCCAAGCCUUCCCGAAUGCUGCUGGAAUCAACUGCAAUGUGGUCCAUUAUGCCACCUGCUCAGAGCUGAGUCCCACAGCCUUACCUUUGUCCAGCCUACGAUUUGCAGGCGCUCAGGACCCGACCCACAAGUUUUCAAGUGCUGAAAGCGUGGCAGCUCCUGCUGAAGUCUCAGCUGAUGAUGGUCAUCAGCUUCUGCCUGGAAUUACCAGGGUCAAAAAGGGAACGACAAUGCAAGGUUCAUCCAGUCUAAAGGACAUCACGGGUGACACCAUUAAUCUGGCAAGUGGUAAAAUUAAAGAGUUUGCAUUUGAAAAGGUGAAAUGUCCCACAAGUCAUGUGACCUUCAGGAAAGGAAGGAAAGUGAAGCCAGAUAUGGCCAGCAGAAAAUCUGCAGACUUUGAUGUACCGUACAACCAUAUUGGCAGUAAUGAGAAUUGUCCACCUUCUGAUUUUGCACAGAAAACACCUAUUGAGGAAAAAGACACAAACCUUAAUGCAUUGCACAAACAGAGUAUCAGUAAUGCCACACAGUUAUACUUCCAAAAUCUCUCAGAAAAUAACAUAAUUGCCAAAAUUUUGGAAAAGCACAAAUUGGAUAGUUCAGACACAGGAGAGGACAUUAGAGCCUGCCUGGACAUUCUUCUGAAGUGCUCUGAAGACCUAAAAAAAUGCACAGACAUCAUUAAGCAAUGCAUUAAAAGUAAGUCGCUUAACAACGACAAUAGUAAUGCCAGCGACAAUCCGGAUCUAAUCUACAGAAAUGUAAUGGCAAGACUUUCAAGCUACCUGAAGAAGCUGCCUUUCGAACUUGAGCAUGGUUUAUCUGAACGAGGUAACCAGCACGAUUUUGCUGAGUUGGUUAACAGCCUGAAUAGUUUGCGGCAAAUACCAUAUCCUCCAUUUGGUAAUGAUCAACCACCCCGAUAUGAGGAUGUUGUCCAGUCUUCAACAUCCCUAUCUACCAAUCUACCUCUUUCUCCUGUGGAUUCUCAAGUUGUUCAUAGAGCUACCAACUGUAACAGUAUGAAACCUGUUGAGAAUGUCCAUGUCCCUUCAUCUAAUGGUAGUCUUCAAAACAGUGGUACCCAGCAAAGAAGCUCAACUGCUGUUAAUCAAACCCAUGUACUACCUCAUGUAAUUCCACCAAACCACUCGAACUCCAGUUUACGUUCCACUCAAGAUUUGUUUUUGCCCAGAAGUAGUGGUAAUAUUUCUAAGGUGUCUAUGGAGCCUCUUUAUAUUCAGGAGGAUUGUGAUGUUGCCAAGAUUUUAGCCCAGGAAUCAAGAGGGAACGAUUAUUUCAAUAUUGGAUUGGCUGGAAGUCUUGAGCCUCAUCAGCAGGUCACUCCAGCUGAGGCUUGUGGGAGAACAGGAAAUCCAGGGGUUGGAAUUAGAGAUAAUAUGGGAGAAAAUAGACCCUGUGUCCAGGUGACAUCCAAUUCACCCAGAUGUUCUAGUAAAGUAACUAGAAUCCAUGAUCUUACAGGACCUUCAAUAUCAGAAUCCAAAAGUAAAACAGAGAACGAUAUGGUAAUCCAACAAGAAGACAUUGAAAAGUUACUGAUGGAUUUGGAAACAUUUUCUCAAACAAUAGAUGCCAAGCAGAAAUAUGGUUCUCCGAGGAAUACUAACAUUGACUUGAAAACUCAUGGCCAGCCGUUGGAACAAGUUAAUUUCUUGACUGCUGAGUCAGGAACUCAGCACAAGGAGGAAUCACAGAGCGACAUUGCACUUUUAUCUUCUCCCACAAAAGGAACAAAUGUAAAUAAUAUUAACAAAAACGAAGCAGAUGAUGCGGCCCUGCUCUUGCGCAUCCUGGAGAGUAUCGAGGGGUUUGCUCAGGAGCUGGUUGAUCGAGGGAGUAGCAAAGGUAUUUUGGCGAGAGAAAAAGAAGUUAUGUGGAUACUCCAGGACACAUUGUCACAGGCUUCAGAGUCUUGCAAAACUUCACAACACUCAACAAAGCCACUUGUAGCUAAAGAUACAAGCUCACAUCUGUCCGUUCAGCAAACACCAGAGGUGAUCAAGGUCCAAAGCAUUAAAGAAAAGAAACCUGGAACUCCUCCUCCCACUGUAACGACCGUGACUCCCAGUCCUCCCACUGUAAACAAAGUUGUUGUCAGCACUCCGGCACCUGUAAACAUUCCACGCUUCUACUUCCCUAAGGGACUUCCAAGUGUCAGCAAUAACCAUGAAGAGACCAUUGCCAAGGUUGAAGUUGCCUUUGCUGAGUUUGAGGAUGAAAAGGGCGAUAUUUAUGAAAUGGGCAAAAUUGCAAAGGCAUGUGGUUGUCCUUUAUACUGGAAAGCCCCUUUGUUCAUUUCUGCUGGUGGAGAACGAACAGAAUUUGUGUCGGUGCACUCAUUCGUAGCCAUGUGGAGAAGAGUACUGCAGAGCUGUCACGAUGAUGCAUCUAAGUUUGUCUUUCUUCUUGCUAAGCCAGGCUGUAACUACCUAGAACAGGAAGACUUCAUCCCACUGCUACAGGAUAUUGUGGAUACUCAUCCGGGGCUCACGUUUUUGAAGGAUGCACCAGAAUUCCAUUCACGAUACAUUACCACGGUUAUACAAAGAAUAUUCUACACAGUCAACAGAUCCUGGUCUGGCAAGAUAACACUGACGGAACUGAGGAAGAGCAACUUCCUGCAAACUCUCGCCCUCCUGGAGGAAGAGGAUGACAUCAACCAAAUUACAGACUACUUCUCUUAUGAGCAUUUCUAUGUUAUUUACUGUAAAUUCUGGGAACUUGACACUGACCAUGACCUCUUUGUUGACCAGAAGGACUUGGCCAGACACAAUGACCAUGCUAUCUCUAAUAGAAUUAUUGAACGAAUAUUCUCCGGUGCAGUUACAAGGGGAAACUGUGUGCAGCGGGAUGGACGAAUGAGCUAUGCUGAUUUUGUAUGGUUUCUCCUUUCAGAAGAAGAUAAGAAGAAUUCCACAAGCAUGGAAUACUGGUUUCGGGCCAUGGACAUUGAUGGGGACGGGGUGCUGUCCAUGUAUGAGCUAGAAUACUUCUAUGAAGAGCAAUGUGAACGGAUGGAGGGAAUGGGCAUUGAGCCAUUGCCAUUCCAUGAUCUCCUCUGUCAGAUGCUGGAUCUUGUGAAGCCAGAAUGUGAAGGUAAAAUAACCAUGCGAGAUCUAAAGAGGUGCCGAAUGGCUCAUAUCUUUUAUGAUACCUGCUUCAACUUGGAAAAGUAUCUGGACCAUGAGCAGAGAGAUCCAUUUGCUGUGCAAAAGGAUGUCGACAGUGAUGGUCCAGAACCUUCCGACUGGGAUAAAUACGCAGCUGAAGAAUAUGAAAUUUUAGUUGCUGAGGAAUCGGCCAAUGAACAGUUACAGGAAGGCUCAUUUGAAGAAGACUAUGAAUCAGAUGAACUAUCUACUGCCCCAGAACUCAACAGCAAGAUAGACAAGCUUGUCAUUUCCGACCUGCCAACAUAAAUGUAAAGCUAGCUCAGCUGCUGGACAGUCAGGGUGACCAGUGCACAUUAACCUUGAAGACUGACUGCCACCCAGUCAGGUGUGUCGUGUAAAGAAAUUGUCAAUACUUUUUUUUGUCGGCUUUUUUGUUGAAGAGAAUAUGCUAGAUUUUAUAUCAGAACGAAGUACAUGCUUACUGUGUGCAAUGGACUUUAUUCAAAAUUUUAAAAUAUUGUCUGUUUGUGCAAUAUGUCUUAAAAUGCAGUGUUAUGUUUGUGGAUUUUUAUUAGCUGCCAUUGCUGCGUUUGACGCCGUUUAGUUUUGCUUGUUCUUUCCAUUUUUUCACCCUCUUGUUCACCUUUCAGGGUUGACUUCUUUGCAGUGCAAACCACCCUUUAAUCUGUGCCUUAUCAAGGCUUCAUAAAGUUCCUUUCUUCCUAUUAGCAGUCUCAAGCACUGAUUUUGUUUUGCUCUCAUUGUCAAUUGACAGCAAUAGCUGAAUAGGCUGAUUAUCUGCACAAGUCAGAAACACCACUGCAAACCUGCCUUUAUAUAAUGUUUCAAUUGUAGAAAAACACCCCAGGUACUUUCACUGUAUGAAUGUCUGAUGAAAUGCACAGUAUUACCCACAAAAUCAAACCAGCCAGAGAUAUAAGAAAACUGAUUAAAGGAAACUCCCUGCUUUCCAAUUUCCUUGCAUGCAUUGUAUUUGCAAGUUUAUCGGAGCCUCUAUAAAUUGGAAAUCGGCUUUCAUGAAAAGGCCACACAGUCACGAUCACCACCACACAGCAACUAUAAGGCUUUCAGUCAGUUCUGCUCACGUUUUUUAAGUGAUCAUUUGAGCCUAAAUCUUGGGCUCUUGUUCUGACUUCCAUCUAACAUCCAUCUGCUUUUUUGGAAUCUACAAUUUUGUGCUCAAUUCAUGCUAAUGCAAUGGUCCAGUAUUUCAUUCAAUAGGCGAUUGAUGUAGUUUUGAAUGUGGAUUAAACAUUCAAUGUCCAAGUAGUCCCUUUCUUCCAACCACAUAACAGCUCAAGGCCAAACACAAAACUUCAUGCUGAGGGUGCAAAUUGCAGGAUAAAUUUACAAGUACUUUAUAUAAGCAACCAACCUCAAAUCUCAGUGAACAGUGUCAAAAAAUUGAUCGUAAAAUAAUUAUUUGAAAUUCUACUCCAAUGAAAAUAGGAUAGUAAAUUUCAGUCCUACAGAAGUCAAAAUCUCAAAAGAAUUGUGGCCACAAGUAGAAAUUUAAUUUAGGACCCAUAUGAAAACAACAUGGUACUUUCUAUUUCUGAAUAUUAAUAGAAGAAUUGUAAAGAAAGCAGAUUCUGUGUUCCUAAUAAGAAACUGUUAACACAGUGAAGAGUCUGUAAAUUGAAUCAAGUUAUGUAACUACUACAAAAUAUAUAAUGCAGAAGCAUUUACUUUGUCAUUAAAUGUAAUUUACUUUUAUUUUUAUUUUGUUUUGAUAUUGUAAACUAAAGCUGCUUUGCAGCCUUAGUUAGAAAUGUUGCAUAAUGUCGAGUCAAUUUUACCAGUAUGAUUAUUUCUCCCCACGCUUUCCAUUGGCCCAAUACCAAGCUGUCUGAUUUUGCAAUUUUAAUGUACUCCAGUUGCCUCUGUUGUGGAGGUUAGUUUAUUUCAAAAGUGAACACAAUUCAAUUGCCAUUUCAAAAUUUCUUGACUCUGCACAGUGGAGGUCAAACUUUAUUUGUAGCCCAUGAUUUCCUCCAGCAUGGGCCAACUACUUGUUUCAAUAAAUUACAAAGAAGGAACUUGACAUCGCAGUGUUCAAUAGAGAAAAAUAUUUUGCAAAAAGAACAGGAGACGAUGGAAAUAUCUAGAACAUAAUACAACGUAUGGAGAGAGACACAAGAGUUAGAGUUCCAGGUUGAUGAUAUUUUGGUUUUCAUGAAAGGCAAUCUGUUCAUUUCAUCACAUGCUGCCUGACCUGUUCAGUAUUUACAGCCUUUUAUGUUUUAUUUCAGAUAUCCUGCAACUACAGGACUUUGUUCUCUGUUUUUGAAUGGUAUUUUAACAGUAUGGAGGGAAGCAUAUAAAAAGGCAAUUUAAAAAUAUUAGACAAAUAGUUUCAGCAAAACCUUUUAAAAAAAUAGUCUGACAACUAGAAAGCCUGUUAAAACGAGUGAUUUUUAUCUAAUAUAUUUUUGUACACACAUCUUGUUCUCUGCAACAUCCUACAGCCUUUAUUUUGCAUGUAAUAUUUCUGGGUUGCUUUGCCUGGCUUUUGAUAUUGUCAAUAAAAGGAGAACUGAAAAUGCAGUGGGUAAAUGGCAGGUCCGUAAAAAUCUGUAAAAAGAAAAAGUUGAAUACUUUUGAUAGAUUUCAGCUAUUGUUUAUAAUUUUAUUUUAAACAUCAAGUUAUGCAGCAGUUUACCUGCCAUUCAACCAUGCAUGUCCCAACUGUGAUUGAACCAACCUUUUUUUCUUUCUAAACAAUUGUUGAGCAGGUUUGCCUUACAGCAUAAGUUUGAUCCUGAAUGCGGGUGCUGUCUGUAUGGGGUUUUUACGUUCUCUCUGUGACCUCAAAACGUAGAACUAGUGUACGAGUGAAUGUUGGUCAGCGAUGACUCAGUGGGCCAAAGAGCCUGUUUCCAUGCCGUAGCUCUAAACUAAAGCAAACAAAGAUGACUAUAUUUACAAUUUAUAGAUGCAGCUUUCCCAUAACAUCACGAGCAAUGAGCCACACAUGGAUUUUAUAAAUGGUGACAAAUCUGCAAGCUAGAUACCACGGAUGAGGAUUCACUACCAAGACCUAUUUAUUACUCAUCCCUAAUUAAGAUCAAAUUGACCUGCAGUUGUUUUCAAUGGGUUUAGACUCGGAUAGAUGGUAGACACUUGAUGAAAUAACAUUAGUGCAUCAGAGGGUGUUUUACAACAACCACAUUGUUUAAUGGUCUCAUUAAUGUUAAUAUUUUAAUUCCAGAUUUAUUGAAAUUGUGAGGUGCCAGGCAGUUUUGAAUUCAAGAUUCCAGGUCAAUGAUAUAGGUCUUUGGAGACCAAUUCAGUAAUUUAAUCAUUUUACUAUCAUGCCCUCUAAAUUACUAACCUUUUUUGUUUAAAAAGCUCCCUCAUUAUUACAUGAGUAAAUUCCAAAAAUUGAUGUAUUGAAUAUGGUGAUUAAUGUGGUAUUAUGUAACAGUAGGUAAAACAACAUUUUAAAAAUUAGUAACAAAACAAUGCACUUCCUCUUUCAUCAAAAAGUACUGUUAUUGAAAAUUACUUUUUUCCUCUCUCCACCUGAAGUUUUAGAACCGCAUCAGUAUCUCAAAGGAAAUUGAGUGAUAUUUACUCCAUACUUUGUUCUGCUUGGCCUGUUAGUAGACUCAACAUCAGUGCAACUACAUGAUGCUAACGUUAAUUGCCUAUGUAUUUUUCCAUAGUGAUGUUAUGUGAAGUAUUUAACAGUUGUGGAGAAAAGCAUACAUCAUGCACUAAAACUUAUUCUCAGAUGGGAGCUUUCAAGUUGGGUCAUUUAUUUGUGUUGCCUAUACACAUUGCAUAAGCAGAGCAUUCUGUAAUUGAGAAAGGCAUUUUAUGAAAGGGUCUGGCAUGCGUCUCUUGUAGGUCCCUUUUGGAUAAAGAGUAGGCUAUGUUUGCUGCGUCUGCUAUAUAUAUAUUAUGUAGAACAUAGUGUUGAAGCAGUUGUAAUAUCUGAAGCCAACUGGCAAGCAGAUUAUGAUGGAAUUCCUAACAGGCCAUUAUUGCAGGUAUUCAACCCAUUGAAAGUUCAUUGCGAAAUUACUAAGGCAAGCUCACAGCAACUGAUAGGUUAAGUUUUAACCUAGGAUGCAGGAAAAAGGUGGUUACCUAAGAAUUAAAUGUAAAUGUUUAUCCAGUACACACAGAAAGUAUUUAAGAAACAUAGUUCAUUAUUGAUUUGGCAGAUUGGUUCUAUUGGAAGAAACAGGGAAGCAUAUAAUCCUUUUGGUAUUCAUGGUGUCAAAUUAUUAGCAAGGGAUCAAAAUUAAUUGGGAAGUAGAAUUUUAACACUGAUAAUACAAGUAGAUGACAAAACAUUAUUACAAAAUUUGGGGAAUUGUUUGCAUUUAUUAACUCACAAUAUUUCCAUGAUAUGAUUUCCAUAUUGAGCAUUAUUUGACUGAGGUUACACAUUCAAUUUUAGUCAAAUAUCACAAAUGUUCCAGUAAUAUUUCAAUUCCACUUAUUUCAGUAAGGUAUAUUUCAAAUGAUUUUACGUGUGUAUAUAUCUACACAUUGGAUGUUUUAAAGUCAAAAAUGUCUUUGUUAGAAAAUUCCAUUCUCACAUUUAGAAAAAGAUAUAUCCAGGUAAGAAAUCUUUAAUUAUCUCAUUUGCCGAACAAAUUCCCAAUCAAGCAAAUUUAGCCCAAUAAGUCAGUGCAAAAAACAGGUGCCAAGAACUGGAGAUGUUUUCUAUCUUACUAUGGAAAGUAUGCAAUUAAUGGGUUUCACUUUCUGGAUUUCAUAACAUUUGGUGGCACCUCAUGACAUAAUUGCUUGUGUAGCGAUUAUGGCAUAUUUUAGAUGCUUCCUUUGGAGAUUAAUUAGGAGAGGUAAACAUAACAGAUUUUAUAUGCUCAGUGGUAGGAGUGGAUGAAAGACUGAUAGUCACUUUAUUUUUGCAUGCUCUUUGUUACUCCAGAUUUUAUUACCAACGUUCAACAUAUGGAUAAAAAUAUCUGAGAGCAAACUUUUAUAAUUUUCUCACAGGUGUAGCAUAAAAUGUGUACAUUGCACUAAAAAUUCAACAUUUGAUGUGUAUUCCAGAAUUGUAUUUGGAGGUGCCAAAAGGUGUAAGAAUUUGACUUCCUGGUCCUGGAUUAAUUGUUUAGAAUACUGUGCACCAAAAUGUAAUGCUGGAGAGAGAAUUACUUCAUUUCCUCUAACUGAUCAUUUUAACAAAUAGACAGGUUAUUGCUUUAACUAAAUCAAAUAGCAGGGAAUUCAGACAACAGCAUUAAUACUAGAUAAUUCAGGUGAUGUUUUUAUUUUUACCUAAAUAAUUAUGAAUUCAUGGGAGUUACAACGCUAUAGCAAUUUGAUAAAAGAAUGAUGAUGAAUAGAAGCACCCAAAGUAAUGCUUUAUACAUUGUCCAAAUCACAAAAUGUGACUUCUGCUUUAAAAUAAAUGUAGGGGGUUCUGUAUCUUUUGCAAUAGUGUGAACAUUAUAGAUUUGUUUAUUUGUUAAAUGAUCAAUUUUGAACAGGAGCAGGUGACAAUAGAGAAGCCAGUAACCAUUCCAUGACAUACAGAUAAGAUUGUAGAUUGUAGAUUCAAACAAUGGCAUUUAUAACAGCAGGUUUAUUGAGGAGGAGAAUGGAACUCAAAGUGAUGGAAUAAAAAACUCUCAGAAAUAUCAAAAGGUGGUAUGAAGUUAAAUUAUUUUGGGAAGUUUCCAAUGGGUUAGUAAAUACAGCACAAAGUCUAAAUGAAAUGGCAAUACUGGUCGUAAUAGUGUUUCCAAUUAACGGUUGGUGCUGAAGGCACAUUGUUAGGACGUCAGAAACAACCACGGUGUACUUGGACAUAGAGUAAAACAUUCUCUAGUGCAGAGGGGUCUUUUGUUCAGGAUCCCAAAACUCAGUUUAUAAAAAUGAUUAAUAUUAUAUUGUCAACCUAAUUUAUAUAUGUGACAUGAACACAAAAUUAUUGCUGUGGUACUCCAUUGGCUUGGUUUUAUCAAGUCAAACUACCUUGGUAAAGAAAUAAUACUUUCUCCAUGUGCUGCUGGUAAAAUCUUAAGCGAUUUACAAUUUUGCUAACCUUAAAUCGCUUCUCGCAGGGAAUCGAUUACUCACCAUAAUUUCAUUGCCUUUCAUGACAAUAAGAAUUCUUUGAUAUUUUAUUUGCUUUAAGUUUUCAAAAAUCCUCAGGACGAGAAUGAUAGAUGCCUAAAGUUGUAAAAUAAGAUGAAUUACUGGACAUGGGGAACGAUUUGUUUUAUUUUAUGUAGACUAUGGAAACAAUUAUUUGAACCCCUUGUCUGAAAUGUGAAUGAGUCAGAUUAGUCCUAAUAGGGUGCCAUUUUGAUUCACCUUUCCUGCCAGUGCCACCAAUAUAAAGACUUGUCUGUUUGAUAUGACUUGCAAGCAGUGAAAACCUCAACUAUUACAAGAUCAUGCACUUGUUAAAUGAUCAGAAAAUAAUAUGUUAAUCGUUUUCUUAAAUUUUCAUCAGUGGUUGAAAGGCAGAUCACAGAUGGGAUGUGCUGAUGUGUUUCUACGAUUUAAUAUAAAGAAAAUAAGAUGUUUUGUGCACUCAAAAUUAACAAAAUUGAAUUUUGCUUUUUUUUUAAAUUCUCAGCUAUCAGCCUAUGCAAAUAAGACCACAGACAUACAUAUUGAGCAUACUGUGUGCCAAUUGGCCUAAUAGUCUGUUUGUAGAUUAUGUUUGGUUCAAGAUCCUGAAUGGGAUUGGUUAUAGCAUAAACAUCAACACAAUUAAACACGUAUUUUAUUUCUGAUAUAUCAUGUGUCCUUUACAAAAAUGGUUUCUUCUGAAUCCUUACCCUCUGAAAUCUGCAUCACUGUGACUUGUUUGUUUUGAAACCUUUGCUCUGGGCAUUGUGUUAAACCUCCGCUGUUUGCAAGAGCCAGAAGCAGCAAUUGUGGUAUUUGGCCAGUAAAGCUAAAGGUGAAUAACAAAGGAAGGUUUAUGUUCCUUUUGAGUACCAACCAUGUAGAACUUUGACAUGGCAUUGUUUGAAUUGUGGCGUGGAUUAUAAUUUAGAAAUCAGUUACAUCUUGAAGUUUUGAAUAUAUUAUCACAGUUAGUGCCAUGGGGUUGUUCGGAGUAGCUAGAAUAAGACUGCAUGCUUGAAAUUGUUAAUUUGUCACAUGUUUUUUGUGGGGGCUUAUGAAAAUUCUCAGAAAUGUUGUUUAGAACUGCAGACAAUUUAAACUUAGUUCCAUAGGCUUCAUUCUUUUAUCAGACUACAACCAGGAUGAUCAAAUCAUAUGGGACUUUUACUUAGAGGAAAGCUACAUAGCGAAACAUGAGAAUCAUCAUAAUUCAUAAUAUUUUAAGAUAAAGCAUUUUCACCCAUUUUCCAGACAACCCUUGGUUCUACAAUGGUCCCACUAAUUUAUACCAGACCAGACUAAAUCUCAAUUGUAACAUUCAAUACCACACUUACAAUGGAAGUCUAUUUCUGAAGAAAGCAGUAAAGAUAUCAGACAAAGAAAAUUAGUCAACAUGGUGGGUUCACAGGUCCUUGGACGCAUGUCGGCCAUUUCUACCCUUCCAACACAUUGCAUCAUCUGAGCAAUGGUGAAAACUAAUUUGAACACUUACAUUUGUUCUUCCUGUUUGUGAAGCUUGAUAUAAUGUACCAACACAGUACAUUUCUGCAACUGCCAUUUACUUUUUUUAAGAUUUUGUUUUGAAUAUGUGCCUUAUUUAUAGCCUUUACUGUUCUAGACAAUUAAUGUACACACAUGUAGAAUUUCAUUAUCACUGUAAGUAAUGUAAUAUAAAAAAAAACUCACUACAAAACGUGUGAAAUUUGUUUGUUCAUUCAGUGUGGUUUGCAAAUAUAGAAACCUCAGCAUUAGAUUCUUUGUAAAUUCAUAAACUACCAUAUAGGGUUAUAUAUAUAUAUAUAUAUAUACAUAUAUAUAUAUAUAUAUAAAAUGCAAAGGAAAGUAACUUCAGAGUUUGUGAUUGAAAUAAAAAUUCAAUUAUUCUUGAUGAACUGGACAGAUUUAUACAUUAAACAUGAGAAGCUCCAGCAUCUUCAUGCAAUACUUUCCAAUGUUAUUAUUUAUAGCAGUAGAGUCUUUGUUUUGUUUUUUUAAAUGGUCGAAACAUGUGUAUUAUUCAGAUGCAACACAAUCUGUACAAAAUAACUGAUUUGAUGAAAAGUUGCCAUUUCUUUUUCACAAUCAUUCUUGCUCUAUGCAAACUCAAUGGCGCCAUCUCUGAAAAUGUGAGCUACUGUAAAACAACUCAAACAGUACAACUUUUUCAAAAAAGUUGUAACUGUUAAUGGUUUAAAAACUAUGGAAAUGAUUCAAAAUAAAAGCUGUGUUAUAUGCUUUUUGGUUGCUGAAAAUGGUGUGAAAUAUUGCUGGUUGCUUGUGUUAGCAUGGCUUUACAGUGCAGACUUUUUUGAGAUUUUGAAAUUAAAUAAAGAAUUUUAAAGAGG